AAAAAGUUCUAUAGCCCAUUACACUAUCAGUCCAGACCAGUCUUUGUCUGAUAACUCUGGCAGAUGUUUAAAAUCAGUGCUCCCAAGCAAACAUUUCAGAAAGGGCCUCUUUAACUUUUAAGGACCCCAAAUUCCCAAAACAAACAAAAUGACCCAAAAUGCUGUAAUGGAAAAGGUGAAGUCUGUAAUUUUGAACUGACCUCCACCUUCCCAAAGUGAAGCAGGAGUUAUUUUUUGAAGGUUUUUGCCCCAUUAGCUAGGCUAAACUCAGGAAGGAGCCAUUCCAGAGACUAAAACACUAUAAAAAAUUAUUCUUAAAUUUGUUAAAAAUGGUAAGGAAGAGUUUUUGAAGACUUAUCAUGGGGUCAAGACUAUUGCAAUACAGGAGAUUGAACUCAAUUCUAAGUACGGCAGAUAGCUGUAGAUUUAUAGCCAAUGAGCAGAAUGAGGGGUUCGUGGAUAGAGAAUUACUUAGAGAAACUUGAUUAUAUAUCAAGCAUAGGGGGAUUCUUGCUAAACGAGAAUUCUUACUAAAGUCAGGCCAGAUAUCAAGGGUGGAAGAUAGGGAACCUAAUCAGAUAUCAAGGGGGUGGGGAGAUUUCCCAUAAACUGAGCAGGAUUCUUUGCUAAAACUGGUCUCAGCAGGCCAAGUUGAGGCCUAGUCAAGAAGAGGACUCAGAGGAGCCUGACUAAAGUUUGGUCAAGGAGGACUUUGUCAACAGACAAAGGAGAUACAGUUGAUUUGUUGGUAUGACCUUGACCUUAUUUAUGGUAUUUGGGGUCCAUAAAAGAUAGACAUGAUAGCCCUGUGGAAAAGCUUUAGAAAAGUAAGUUUCCUUUUCCUACGAGUGUCUGUAAAAAGAACCUAGAAGAAGUAAUGGAGAUUGAACAGUAAUAUGAAAUUAUGAGGUGAGAAUGAGCUUAGCAUAUAUACAUGAAAGCAAGAGUUACAGUCAGACUGAAAUGAAGUGUGUUAGAGAGUGUUAGAAAUACGGCUGCUUAAGGAGGCAGACAUAAGUUAGAAAAAGUCUGGAUAAGUCAGAAUCAAGCCAUAUUUAUUAAGUUAAGGGAAUUGCAGUCAGAGCCUGGAAGAUGUUGUCAUUGAUAAACAUGAAGUUGAAAAGGCAGCUGAUUUUGGAGAGAAGAUAAUGAGUUUAAGACAUGUUGAGUUUGGUGAUGACAUAAUACAUAAAAGUCCUGACAUACUAUCCUUCUAGGAAGAGAAUAAGAAUUCACAGUGAUGAAAAUUUACGAUUCAUUAGCAUGUAUUACCACUAAAUUCCUGACCUUUCUGACCAUUAUACACACCCUGUGUCUUUCUACACUUACUCAAUAGUAACAGCUAUCCUUAAUUCACCUGUCAUGUGCUAAAUGCUUUACUACUUUGUUGUUAUUGACAAUCCCCAUUUGAUUGCGGAAGAAACCUACCCUUGGGGUUUUAAAAAGCCUCAGCCAAAGCCAAAUGUGUAGCAAAGGUGGAAUUGGAAUUCAAAGCAAGUUCUGCUGGGAUGAUACGAACCAGAACCCACUCUUUACACUGCCCUGCCUCUCCUCAGUGCACCCCCAACCUAGAAUCUUUCUCUUAAUCACUGUAUGUCUAAAUUCUACUUGUUUUUUAAGAUUCAACUCAAAUGAAAACUAUCCAUGAAAACUGCCAUGAGAGUUUGACUAAGUCCUACCCAUGAACUCUCAUAAUUAUGCACACAUUCAUAAUACCCAGUAUUGUAAUUAUGUAUUUGCUUCAGCUCCUUGAAGUCAGAGUGCUUACAUGGUUUGUAUAUUUGUCUUGCAAACAUCAUCACACCCAGCCCAAUGUUAUGGAUGUUGUAGGCAUUUAAUAUUUUAUGAAUGAACAAAUGAAUGAAUGGCAACUGAAUCCAUGAGACAUAUAGAGUAAGUUUAGAAAGAGAUAAGCAAUGGACUGAUGACUGUUUCCUGACAGUGUCCGCCAACAAAUUUUGGUUGUGUUAAUAAUAGAAUAAGACAGAAGGAAAAAAAACAGGAAAGGUGAGGAGAGGAAAAAGAAGAAAAAGAAAAGAAAGAGGAAGUUGAAGGAGAAGGGCAGAGAAAGGAAGACAUUUCCAGAGAUGCUUAUGACCAGAGGAGAGAGACGAAUAAAUUAAAAAGACAGAGCAAGUCGUAGGAGGAAAAAUUGUAAUAGAGUGCUGUGGCUCUUAGCCUUCUCUUCUUUCUCCCUCCAGCCUGCUUAGCAUGUAUCAAGAAUAAAGAAAGAUAUCAGUGAAGUUACCUUAUGACACUAAUCUGCCCCAUUCUUCAGGAUUGGGGGAAGGACUUUUUGGUGAGAGGAUUAAGGAAAUAGAGGCAGGAGAUCUGCUUCAGAGAGUGUAAGCAGGAUCCACUGGUGAGUCCCAGAGAAGAAGAAGCCUGUGGGGCGACUCAGAGCUAUUUUCUGGUAUAAGCCUGUAGCUAAAGUGGUAGGUGAAUUUCUAUAUCAUGUGACCUAAUUCACCAGAAUGGGGAAACUCCUAGAGAAAUAGUGGUCUAUUUCCCUCUGUCCAAAUGGGUAUGAAAGCCACAGUUAAUUGAAUAUUUAGAUUCUUAUGACAAAGGUAAUUUAUUUAAGUCUUGAUUUUAGGAGAUAAUUAAGAGAAUUCUUCUGAGAUCAGUAUACCAACUCCUACUUGAGGACACAGCUGGGGAUAUAGGGAAGGCAUAUGAUCUGGAACCCAAAUACAGAUUCAAAUCCUGACUACAGUGUGUCCUUAGGCAACUCACUUAAUUCUUGUAAGUCUCCAUUCCUCAUUUGUCAUUUGGGAAUAAAAAUAGGGCCUAUUGUUUAUUUCUUUAUUCACUCAAGACAAAUUCAUUGAGAGUAUACUUCUGAGAGCCACUGAAUUUGUUGGGACCAGGAUUACUGAAGAAAGAACUGAAACGUGCAUGAAAACUUUAUGCUAAGUGAAAAGCGCUGUGCAAGCACCAGUUCACAGUUUUUACAAAGAUGGAUGUUGUUCUCUACCCUGGCCUUGGAAAUACAGAUAGUUAAAAUUAGUCCUAGUAUCUCCCUCCAGAAACUGCAGCUGAUAGUGAUGGCUUAUUUAAUUCUUUGAAAAUGAUUUCUUCUUAAAUUCUCACCCACGUUACAGGUGAUUGUUUGAUUUGUAAUUCAAAUAUUAUUUUCUUAGGAAAAAUAUCCAGAAAUUAUCUUAAUAAUAAAGUUUAAAAAAAAAACCCACAAAAGUAGAAAGACAAAACGUAGGCAGACUUUAAAGUGAGCCAAGUACUAUAUAUUCUUUUACCUUUAAGAUGAUGACUCCUGUGGUAAGUGAUUGCCCAAGUUAUAAUGAGUUCAACAAGCUCAUUCUUGUGUGAUUUCUAAAGCCAAAUUCAUAUUUGAAUAGUGAAAGAGAUCCUUUCUGGUAAAUCAAAUUAGCUGUGUGGACAUGAUGCAAAUGAUAACUUAUCUUGACUUAAACAGGUUUUCAAGGUACAGAAAAAAUAGGCAAUUGAAAUUCACAGUACAAAGGCACAACACUUUAGCAAAACAUUUUUGUAAGUUAUUCACAAAAAUUUGGGGCAAGUGAAAUUUUAUGGGAAGCUCCUAGUCACAAAAUGUAAUAGCAAUAAUUACAUGUUUUGGCCUUUAAAAUGGCAUUUUAAUAAUCAGGACUAGAUUAACAGUGAGAAAAAAUUUGAAUAUUGUGUUAAAUUUAAAACUGCCAUUCAUUAAAUGUACCAAAUGUAAACAUUUUAAUUUUUAUCUUUUUGGAGAAUUUUAUUAUUGCUGUCAUUAUUAUUAUUAUUAUUAGGCUUUACUGGUCCUGUCUAGCCUAACCUUUGGGCCAUAAAUGUGAGCACUGGAACUUGGUGGACCACUCCAAUUACUCAGAAAAAUACUGAAUGGUAGGAUGGCAUAAAGGUAAAUAUUUGUUUAUUAAAAACAACCAUUUUUACAGAACUUGUAAAAUUAAGUGGUAAAAACUAAAAUGGAAUAUUAAAUCUCUGUUUUACACAAACUUAAUUGUUCUCUUCUUCCACUAAAUCACAAAACAUGGUGAUUUUCAAUGGAACCUAGUCUGUACUAAAAGUUAGUGUAGCCAACUAGGUUUCAGGGAUAUUUCUAUAAUGAAGAGGUUAUGCUGUGUCUUGUUUACAAAUAUCAAAACUCCCCUUUGUAGGAAUCCUAUAUAGGCGCCAGCAGCUUUGAAGCUGAAACAGUUCUGUUCAUACCAAUGGGGCUUCUCCUGAGUUCAGAGUCUUUUUUGUUGUUUUAAGUACUUUUACUUACACAAUUAAGCCCACAGGUAACAGGAAACCAGUGUUUCAAAAGAAAGCUUGAUCACAUUGCUAGAUAACACAGGUAUCCUAAGCAAGUGCGUGAGCACCCGGAGGCUUUAUGCUGCUUCCACAAGUACAUAUUUUUUUGAUUGGUAAGAACUGCCAGGUGACGCUUCAUGAAAUAUAAAUGCCAGAAAGGCACAGAGAGCUCAAGGCAAGCCUUCCGCCUGUCCGUCUAGGAGGAUAAGAACAGGAACCUGUUCCCAGCUGCAGGAGAUGGCGUUCACAGUUCCAGUAUCAGUCUAUCUCCUAUUCCACGCAAUGACAGCCCUGACUGAAGAGGCAGCCAGGACCAUAACACCCACCAUCACAACCCAGCAAAGUAACUGGACAGUUAAUAAAACAGAAGCUGCCUACACAGAAGGACACAUAGCCUUGAGGUUCUCACACCCUUGCCUGGAAGACCACAAUAGUUACUGCAUCAACGGUGUUUGUGCAUUCCACCAUGAGCUGGAGAAAGCCAUCUGCAGGUGUUUUACUGGUUAUACUGGAGAGAGGUGUGAGCAUUUGACCUUAACUUCAUAUGCUAUGGAUUCUUAUGAAAAAUACAUCGCAAUUGGGAUUGGUGUUGGAUUAUUAUUAAGUGGAUUUCUUGCUAUUUUUUAUUGCUACAUAAGAAAAAGGUGUCUAAAUCUGAAAUCGCCUUACAAUGUCUGUUCCGGAGGAAGACCACUAUGAAGUCUUGUAAGGAAUUUUCAUGAAGCAUUUGUAAAAAUCAGUGGGCCCAAAAUUGAAAUCUUCGAAUGAAAUAGCAGAACUUCCCAGGCUGACUAUACUUGAAAAUAAUGGAAGUUGGGAUCCUGAUGGAACGAGAGAAUAAACGGGGCAAGGUUGGUGUUUCAAGUUUGCCAUCGUUAGGGUGCCAUGGGAGCCAUGUGAACGAACUGCAGUGACAGAUGUCAAGCUCACAGUCCUACUCUGGGUUCGUUGCUUGUGUUAUGUGGUUAUAGUUCUCACUGCAGAGAGACUGAGUUUCAUGUGAAUUUUCAUGGGAUAAUUAUCAACCUUGCACAAGCCAGGGCACUGUGAAGCCUGGGUUCCUCACGUGCUUGCUGUCAGUAUUUUGGACCCCUGCUCUAUGGACCUAAUCUCAAGCAUGCUGCUGUCAUGGUGUCUAAACAAAUGUGAUGUCAACUAUUAGGAUGAGAUCAGUGUAAUGGCACCUUCAAUGAACCAAACGUGCCUGAAGUCUAAGCCAGAGAAAAAGAAGAUGGAAUGUUCAAGGCACAUUUAAAUCAGACCCAGCUUGUGACAACAAUGUGUAGCCUUUAUCUGUGAAAUAUGGAAUAAGCUAAAGAGUUUCUGAUGACUGAAAGCUAUCUGGAUAUUGAGCCCUGAACAGAAAAAACAUUUCUGUUUCUGUGUGGAUUAUAAAACUUUGUCUUGGACUCUUUGGUCCCCGAAUGCUUAUGUUCAUCACUUCCUUCUAUUGUUAAUGGAACUACUUGGUGACUUAUCCAUUUGCACCAAAAUUCUAGAAUUCUACCAAUAAAUAAAAUUCCAUAAUGGACCCUGAAAUAGAAAUUUAAGAAUUGGACAUACAAAUUUUUCACCAGCCAACAAAAUGUGGAAACUUUCUUUACCAUUUCUGAAUACUUCAUAGCAGGUUUGCACAAAGAGAAAGAAAACAGAACAAUAAUAAAAAUAACUAUCUGGGUAUUAGGGUCCUUCCUUUUUAAUCAUGCCUUCCACACAAUUUGCACAGUCUUGGGCAAGUCUUUUAAUUUCUUUGGGCUUUUGUUUCAUUUUCUACAAGGUUCUUCUAGCUCUAAAAUUUGACACUGGGAAAAGAAAGACAUUUUCCCCUAUCUAUGCUGCCAGUGGGAUUUUUCUCAGCCCCACAUUCAUCCCCAAAACACACCACUGUAUAUCAUCUUAGGUGUACAUUUUAGUGUUUGGUUUAUAAAACAAUAAUUUAAGAAUUUGUUUUUAAAAGAAGUAAGACAUAAAAUUAAAGAAUAAUAAGGCAUCUACAUUUUUUCUUUCAGAUUCAAUCUAAAACUAUGGACUUUUUAUUCAUCAUGUUGUAGAUAGGCAAAACAAUUUUGAUCAUGAAAUUAGUUAAAAGAGUAUCCUUACAAUGUGAAUAGCCUUAUUGUAGCCUAGUAACAAGCCUUUCACUUCUAUUAAGUUAUGACUUUUUCUUCACUCCUGAACUUUGAGUAGAAGGUAUUUUGCCUGCUUUGUUUUUCCUUCAGAAGAAACUGAAUGCAGAUGAACUGCACGUCAGCACUUUCUGCAUGUCCUCACAAAGUAUGCAAACUUUACAUCAUCCCAAAAGAGUGGGGAGGUGAAGGUUCCUCCCAGUGACUCCAGCGACCGCACCUAGAAAGCUAUGCUCUUCCCCAGCAUUUCAAAAGGUGUUAAAAAGCUGGGAAGAGUCCAGGAGGCAACAAUUCAGCUGAAUGAAAGGAAAGAGUAGUUAGUGCUGGAGUCUGGAGAAGUGGUAACCUAAAAAGUUAUGAAUAUUUGCUAUCUGUAAAUAUUUCUAAAUUAUAAAUACAAUGUAAUUAAAAGUAAACAACAUCAGAAAGAGAAUGAAAAUUCCCAGGUUGGCAAACCAAAAAGUGAACAAAAACAAAACCCAAUAGAUACAGACUUUUUCACCUGUGGGACAGUGUGCAUUACCAGUAUCCGCCCAGUGAGGCUGUACAGAGAUUCAUUGUGGCUCAGGAGAAUUCAUCUGUUUACAGUGUGCAUACAAGAUCAUCUGUGAUCCCUUAACUCCAGGAGUUAAUUUCACAGGAAGGAACCUCUGGCAUUCAGUGGCAAUAUUUACGGAGGUAAACAGGACUUCGGGGAAAACGAAUAAAUGUGAAUUGUUCUGCAACUUUUUUCAUCUUCUGUUUUUUUCCUACAUCCAAUAAGACCCUGAAAAAAGCCUUCCAGUAAAGCCCUUUUGCAUCAGAACUACAUUUUCAGCACUCAAUCUGUGAAUGAAUAGGUGGGGUAGAUCAUUUAGGAAAGAAAUGAGAACAUGUUUCUGGCAUCUUUGACUCAUUCAAACUGGCCAAGAGGUUCAUCAAUUUUCUUCAGUUCCCAUUUUCUCUUUUUCCUCUAUCCUUCAACCCCUUGAGAACACUCUUAGGUCAUCAAUAUUCAUGAGUGCUUCUAGAGUUAGCAUUUUAGAGAAUGAUAGGGGUGGAAGUAAACCAUAUAAUUUCAGUCCUACUUGAGCCAGGAAUUUUCAAAAAGGGAAUUAUAAUUGCUUGUUAUUGUAUCUUCUUUCCCCAAAUUAGUUCUCUGUAUAGUUAUGUUUUCAUAACCUUUGAAGGUGAAAUAUAACACCAUUCAUCUUUUAGUGUUUCCUGGCACAAUACACACUUAAUCUUUUA